AUGCAUUUUGGUAUUCCAACCCUUUUUUACUUGUUUAUCCUUUUUUCCAUUCUUAUGAGGCUACAAUGUGUCAUAAUAAAAAAUUUGAAAAAAACAAAGAAACAAAAAUAUUCAUACAUACCUCAUAGGAAUAAAGAAAAAGGUAUCAAUUUAAAUUAUGUGGAAAAAAUAAACUGUGUAUAUUUAAAAAGCGGAAAAAAUAAAGAUAAAAAUAAAAAUAAAAAAGGACAUAUAUAUAAAUUAAGCAAUAUAGAAAAAUUGUUAUACGCAAAAAAAAAAAAUGUACAAGGAGGAAACGAAAAUUUUAUAAAUUAUUCACACACCAAAUCUAAGGAUAUAAAUAUUUAUAAUAAUGAAACUAAAUCUACUUAUGUUACUACUAUUCCAACUGACCAAAAUGAGAAAAAAAAAGGAAAUGAAAAUUUUUCUAGUAGUACAAAAAAAUUAUUAUUAACACCAAAAGUUGGAAAUAAAAUGCCUGAAGGAAAAAAACCAGAUUGGUUUCAUGUACCUGCUCCUAGUGGUACAAAAUAUAAUAAAUUAAAAGAAGAUAUAAAAAAAUUAAACCUACAUACAGUAUGUGAAGAAGCACAAUGUCCUAAUAUUGGAGAAUGUUGGAAUAUAGGUACAGCAACUAUUAUGUUAUUGGGUGAUACAUGUACAAGAGGUUGUAGAUUUUGUUCAAUUAAAACAUCAUCAAACCCAUUACCUCCUGAUAUCAAUGAACCUUUCAAUACAGCUAAAGCUAUAUGUGAAUGGAAUAUUGAUUAUGUUGUUUUAACUUCUGUUGAUAGAGAUGAUUUACCAGAUGGAGGAGCUAGCCAUUUUGCUAAAACAGUAGAAUUAGUAAAAUUUUCAAGACCAGAUAUUUUAAUUGAAUGUUUAGUUUCGGAUUUUCAAGGAAACAUUGAUUCUGUACGAAAACUAGCUUUUAGUGGAUUGGAUGUAUAUGCACAUAAUAUAGAGACAGUUAAAAGAUUACAGAAAUAUGUUAGAGAUAAAAGAGCAAAUUAUGAACAAUCCUUAUUUGUAUUAAAAACAGCUAAAGAAAUCAAUCCGAAGUUAUAUACAAAAACAAGUAUUAUGUUAGGAUUGGGAGAGACAAAAGAAGAAGUUAUACAAACUAUGCAGGAUGCAAGAAAAAAUAAUAUAGAUGUUAUAACAUUUGGUCAAUACUUAAGACCCACAAAAAAUCAUUUAAGUAUUGUUGAAUAUAUUUCACCUCAAAUAUUCGAAUAUUAUAAAGAGGAAGGAUUAAAAAUGGGAUUUAAAUAUAUAGCCAGUGGCCCUUUAGUUCGUUCUUCUUAUAAAGCAGGUGAAUAUUUUAUGAAAAAUUUAGUUAACCAACGAAACAAAGAAAAAAAUAUAUAA